AUGUCGACCUACAAGCGCGCGACGCUGGACGACGAGGAGCCCCUGGAGGCCGACGGUGAUGGAUACCCCAACGGCUUCCAGGUGAACUUCCGAAGCCCGCGGAGCGGCGCGGGCUGCUGGUCGGAGCGCACGCGCCUGGAAAAGCAGCUGGUGGUGCUGGUGGCGGCGCUGGCCGCCGUGCUGGCCGCCUGCCUGCUCGGCAUCGUCUUCCAGUACCGAGCCCGGCCGCCGGCCGUGUGCCUGUCGGAAGCGUGCGUGUCGGUCACCAGCGCCAUCCUGAGCUCGCUGGACCGGCUCGGCGGCUGGAACGUGACGGGCGCCUGGUCCGGCGGGGACUUCAACGCGACGCUGCGGGAGGUGACGGCGCACUACCGCACGUCGCCCUUCUUCUCCGUCUACGUCAGCGCCGACUCCAAGAACUCCAACAGCAACGUCAUCCAGGUCGACCAGUCGGGCUUGGGGCUGCCAUCCCGCGACUACUACCUGAACAGGACGGAGAACGAGAAGGUGCUUGCCGGGUACCUGGACUACAUGGUGGAGCUGGCCACCUUCCUGGGCGGCACCGACGAGGCCUCCACGCGGCAGCAGAUGCAGCAGAUCCUGGACUUUGAGACGGCGCUGGCCAACAUCACCAUCCCGCAGGAGAAGCACCGCGACGAGGAGCUCAUCUACCACAAGAUCCUCCUCCACAACUACAUGAUCUGGAACCUGGUGCGGAAAACCAGCCCCUUCCUCGACCAGCGCUUCCAGGACGCCGAGGAGAAGUUCAUGGAGGUGAUGUACGGGACGAAGAAGACUUGCCUCCCGCGCUGGAAGUUCUGCAUCAGCGACACGGACAACAACCUGGGCUUCGCCCUGGGGGCCAUGUUCGUCAAGGCCACCUUUGCCGAGGACAGCAAGCAAGUGGCAGAGGAGAUGAUCGCUGAGAUCAAGACGGCCUUCGAGGAGAGCCUGGAGACGCUGCAGUGGAUGGACGAGGAGACCAGGAGAUCGGCCAAGGAGAAGGCAGACGCCAUCUACAACAUGAUCGGCUACCCCAAGUUCAUCAUGGACCCCAAGGAGCUGGAUAAAGUGUUCAACGACUACGAGGCCGUGCCCGACCUCUACUUCGAGAACGUCAUGCAGUUCUACAACUUCUCGGCCAGGGUCACCGCUGACCAGCUCCGGAAACCGCCCAACCGGGACCAGUGGAGCAUGACGCCGCCCACAGUCAACGCGUACUACUCACCCACCAAGAACGAGAUCGUCUUCCCCGCCGGGAUCCUCCAGGCCCCCUUUUACACCCGCGCCUCUCCCAAGUCACUGAACUUCGGUGGCAUCGGCGUGGUGGUGGGCCAUGAGCUCACACAUGCCUUCGAUGACCAAGGUCGGGAAUAUGACAAGGACGGGAACCUGCGGCCGUGGUGGAAGAACUCCUCGGUGGAGGCCUUCAAGCGGCAGACGGAGUGCAUGGUGGAGCAGUACAGCAACUACACGGUCAACGGCGAGGCCGUCAACGGCAAGCACACGCUGGGCGAGAACAUCGCCGACAACGGGGGCCUCAAGGCCGCCUAUCGGGCCUACCAAAACUGGCUGAAAAAGAACGGCGAGGAGGAAACGCUCCCCACCCUCGGCCUCACCAACCACCAGCUCUUCUUCGUGGGCUUCGCGCAGCGAUGGUUCCUCCGGGGGGGUCUCGGCUCGCACGAGGGGCUCAUCACCGACCCGCACAGCCCCUCGCGCUACCGCGUCAUCGGCACCGUCUCCAACUCGCGCGAGUUCGCCCAGCACUUCGCCUGCCCGCCCGGCUCCCCCAUGAACCCCCCCAAGAAGUGCGAGGUCUGGUGAUGGGCGCGUGCCCCGGGCCGCCGUCCCC